AUGCUACCGCCGGGAACUUGGGUCAUGCGUGUUUUGCACAAGAAGAAGCACAAACUCUCACCAAAUUUCAAAACUGAACCUUUCAUGGUUAUUGCUGGUUUCUCAGACGGUACUUACCAGCUCUGCGACCACAACGGAAGGCUACUAAAGGAAAUUCAACGCACAGGUCAAGCAAACUCAUAG